UUGGCUUGAACCAACCAUGCAUCAUCAUUAUUGAGCUGGGUUCGAUAAAGUUAUCGAGCCCUGUUUGAUAAUUCAUCUCUGCUAAAACCCCACCCUUCAAAAUUCCCACCGAAAUCGUAAUAUAUCAAACAACGGAAAGAUGAAGCUUCAAUCUGCCUCUGUUUUCCUUCAAACCUGUCCUCCCUCAAUCCAAAUUUCGCCCCGCCGAUUUCAAGCUGUCAACAAGCAUCACAGAAAUCAAUCUGGGUUGAUAAUUCCGAGGCCCCUUCAUAUUCAGCUCAAAUCUGUGGUUUCAUCUUUAAGAAGCGAGGGCUUCAUACGUGCUGCUAAUUUGAUUUCUCCAAGGAAGUUAGAUUUUCGGGUUUUUGUAAGAAAGGGGUCGGAAGGAUUUCAUGGGAAGUCGGGCUCUGUUUCUUUUGGUGGGUUGAGCCAUCAGUCGGUGGAAGAGGGCAAAUUGGUAUCGGCACCGUUUAAGGAAGGGACUGGCUCCUUACUGUGGGCUUUGGCCCCGGCUGCUUUGAUUGCGGCGUUGAUUGUUCCCCAGUUCUUUGUUGCUGCCGCUGUCGAGGAAGCUUUCAGGAAUGAGAUUUUUGCAGAAAUAAUCUCUUCCUUCUCAACUGAGAUAAUCUUUUAUGCUGGACUUGCUAUCUUUCUGCUUGUAACUGAACGUGUACAGAAGCCAUAUCUUGAGUUUAGCUCAAAGAGAUGGUCCCUCAUCACAGGACUUAAAGGAUAUCUGGCAUCAACCUACUUUACUAUGGGCUUCAAAGUAUUUGCCCCGCUUCUAGCUGUUUAUGUUACCUGGCCAGUGAUUGGUAUUUCCGCAUUAGUCUCAGUCGCUCCUUUAUUAGCUGGUUGUUUAGUUCAAUAUAUCUUUGAGAAACGUCUUGAGAGGAAUGGCUCAUCCAGUUGGCCUCUUAUACCCAUUAUCUUCGAGGUCUAUAGGAUAUAUCAGUUGACCAGGGCUACGAGUUUCAUUGAGAGGUUAGUAUACGGGAUGAGGGAGGCAUCUGCAACCCCUGCAGUUAUGGAAAGAACUGGGGCUUUGAUUUCGAUGAUAGUCACUUUUCGAGUUAUUGGGGUCGUCUGUCUCUGGUCGUUCCUGACAUUUCUACUUCGCCUAUUUCCAUCGAGGCCAGUUGCAGAGAACUACUGAUGUAUAUAGUGAUAGAUCUAUUUUCAUCCCCUUAAUGUCGAUACAGUAUUUCGUUUUCCUUGCUUUAGAGAAUGUAGUGUUCUGCGUAUGAGAUCGAGAUUAUGAAUUUUGCAGCAUUGAAAUACAGAUUAGCUAAGAAAUUUCUACU